AUUGAUUUCUGAAAUUCAAUAAUAAGUGCUUCAUACGGAUUUACCUCUGUUUUAGAGGUAUUUUGCAGAAUUACCAUGAAUCAUUAAAGAAAUUCCUGAAUCUGAAACUGAAAUUGGAAGAGAUGGUAAUAUGUUUGAUACAGCAACUUUGUUAACCUUAAAGACUUAGAAAGACAUCAAAAACCUGUUUUAAAAGAUUUGCCAUGAAGAAGCCACACUCAAUGGAAGCAUGAAAAUGUUCAAGAUAAGAAAAAAACUCGAUAAAUGCAAAAAAAGAAUCUAAAGACGAUCAUCACACCAGUACCUGUUGCAACACGCCCAACAAAAAUCACAUCACAAUAAUUAACACAUUUAGCUUUAUAGAUAAUAAAGAUCCGACAAAAUGCCUUCUGUAAUCUCGAAAUUCGUAGAAAAGGGCGAGAAAGUCUUCAACAAAAACCAAGCGAUUUUAUCUAGCGCUAUAAUAGGAGCGGCCCUAGCUACGUACGCUUAUAAAGUCGGCUAUCCUUUAGUGGAGAAUUUAAUUUUCAAGCCCAACAAACAAGACGGUUUGAAUAAUAAUCUAGUCAAAAAUCAGAACGGAGUUGACAGUUUUCGGAAGCAAAACGGUGUCAAGCAGAAAAAUGGAGUUGUUAAGCAGUCGCACGGGGACGCCACAACUAAUGCGGCCAUGUCAAAGAGGAAUAGGCUGAUACAUAGUAUACCAAAUUUCAAUUUGGCGUUCAUACUACAAUUUAUUAAGUUGGUCCGAAUAAUGAUUCCAAGCCUGUUCUGCGCCGAAACUGCACUCCUGACCGGCCAUACGAUGUUCCUCUUCCUCAGAACCUUCCUGAGUAUAUACGUAGCCAAUCUAGAAGGGGCUAUAGUUAAAUUUAUAGUGAAAAAGGACCCAAAUAAUUUCGUCAAGCAGCUGAUGAAAUGGUUUGCUGUAGCUGUUCCGGCUACGUUUAUUAAUAGUAUGAUUAGAUAUUUAGAAAGCAAAAUAGCCUUAAAUUUCCGAACAAGACUGGUAGAACAUUCUUAUAAGCUCUAUUUCAAGAACCAGAGCUAUUAUAGAGUGACUGUACUCGACGGCAGGUUAGAUAAUUGUGCGCAACGAUUAACUGAUGACAUAGAAACAGUUGCAAACACAGUAUCUCAUCUAUAUGGACAAAUAACGAAGCCAUGUUUCGACAUACUCCUGAUGGCGAUAGCUUUAGCCAAUUUAGUCAAGGCCAGAAAUUCCAAUUUAAUUGUCGGACCAAUAAUUAUUAGUGGAGUCGUUGUAGUGUCGGCUUUAGUUUUAAGAUUAGUUUCACCAAGAUUCGGUCACUUGGUAGCCCAAGAAGCUGAAAAGAAAGGCUACUUAAGGCACGUCCAUGGACGGAUAGUAUCAAACGCAGAAGAAAUAGCCUUCUACAACGGUCACAAAGUGGAACAAAGCCAUUUACGUAGCGCCUUUAGAAUUUUGACUCAGCACUUGGAACACAUGUUUGCUGUCAAGCUGUGGUUCGUUAUGUUGGAGCAAUUUUUAAUGAAAUACGUUUGGUCUGGAACUGGCAUGAUAGUAGUUUCACUUCCGGUGUUUUUACCAGAAGUUAUUAAGCAAGUCAAGCCAAAAAAGAGCCUCUUGCCUCUACCAGUACUAACAGCCGAUGAGAAAGCACCACAGGAAAGUCUGCAAGAUUCCGUUUCGGAAAGAACGCAUUAUUUCACUACGGCGAAAAAUUUGUUGCUGACAGGCUCUAAUGCAGUGGAAAGGCUAAUGAGCAGUUAUAAGGAUAUUGUCGAAUUAGCUGGUCAUACUGCGCGUGUGGCAAACAUGUUUUCCGUACUGGAAGAGGCCAGCGAUGGAAUUUAUAAUAAAACUGUGGUGGCCAAGAAGGAGAAAACUGGCGAUUUUGAGGUUGAGUUCAAGGGAGAUCAGCCAGUAGCCAAAGGCAAAGUAUACCCUUCAACCAAUUACGAAAUCGUCCUACAAAAUGUACCAAUUGUAACCCCCAACUGUGAUGUAGUGUGUCCCUCUUUGAGCCUAGAUUUGAAGCCUGGACAACAUUUACUUAUAACAGGUCCAAACGGCUGUGGAAAAUCAAGCUUAUUCCGAAUCCUAAGCGGUUUAUGGCCAGUCUACGGUGGAGAAUUGACCACUCCUAAAAACUCGAUGUUCUACAUUCCUCAAAGACCCUACAUGGUCAUUGGUAACUUGAGAGACCAAAUCAUCUACCCUGACACCUACGCCGAUAUGAUCAACAAACAAAUCACCGAAGAGGAUUUGAGAAAGAUUAUGAGGAUGGUGUAUUUGGAGCAUAUUGUGGAAAGGGACACGUUCCACGAGGUUAAGGAUUGGACGGAUAUUUUGUCCGGAGGAGAGAAACAAAGGAUGGCGGUUGCCAGAUUAUUUUAUCACAAGCCAAAAUACGCUCUCCUCGACGAAUGUACGUCGGCAGUUUCAAUCGACGUAGAGAGCAACAUGUACCAAACAGCCAUCGAUAUGGGCAUUACUUUAUUGACAAUCACACAUAGACCAAGCUUAUGGAAAUUCCAUACGCACAUUUUACAAUUUGACGGUCAAGGCUACUGGGAAUUUUCCGAACUGAACUGUAGUUCGCGUUUAGAUUUGAAAAAAGAAAAAGAAGAGCUAUUGAAGAAACCCACAACCAAGGAAAGCACUGCCCGAUUAAAGGAGAUUAACAAACAUUUGGGAGAGGAUGAUGAAUAGGAGUUUUGUGUUUUAUUCAAUUGAUUUUGCCAUUCAGGAUUUUACUUGCCAGUAUCAAAAGGCGAAUUUUUGAAUGAUUAUAUGUUUGCCAAGGAAAUAAAUUCACUCCAUGCAAGUUAAUUUCGAUAGGUGUAUUUUUCUUUGACUCACUUAUAAUUGACAAAAAUUCGUGUGUGUGUCCUAAUUUAUUUCAAUUCAAUUGUUGUUCAGUCGCUUUUCCAUUGUGAAGCUUAUUUUUUUUUCACACUAACUACAUAAGUUUGACAAUUAGUUUACACGAUAAUAUAAGCUUUAUUUUUUAUUUACAUACUUUUUUUGAGUGAUAAGCAAGCAUCAGUGCGGCAUUGUGAUUUUAAUUAAAUGUUUAAGCUACAUGAGUUAAUAUUUGUUUAGUGUGAAGUGAAGUGAAGGAAGAGAUAUAUUGGUUGUCUGUAUUUAUCAAGGUAUUUAUUUAUAAAAAAAAACUGUCCUUUAGUGGAGGCCGUUUUAAUUAAUUGUUUAGUGCAUAGAAACAAAAAUGAGAUUAUGAGCAAAUAUAUGUUUUGUUUUUUUUUAAAUGGAUUGGAGUGUAUUAUGUAAUGAGUCCGGAAAG